GGAGCGCUCCCAAGCCGAGCUGGACGCCAGUCGCUUCGAGGCGGCGGAGCGGGAGCGGGAGCUGCAACAACAGCUGGAGGCGGUGCGGGACACCGCCGGCCAGCUGGAGUCGCUGGCUCGCGACCAGUCCGCCUCGCUGGCAGCCGCGCAGCAGCGGCAGGCGGAGCUGGCGGGGCGGGUGGAGGAGCUGGGCAGGCUGGCGGGCGAGCGGGAGGAGGCGCUGAGGGCUGCCACCAGCCGCUACGAGUCGCUAGCCCGCGAGGCCUCAUCCGCCUCCGCAGCCGCCGAGGAGCGGCAGGAGGAGCUGGUGGGGCAGCUGAUGGCUCUGCAGCAGCGGGCGCAGGCGGUGGAGGCAGACAUGAGGUCCCAGCUGCAGACCGAGCGGCAGGCGCGUGAGAAGGCGGUGCUGGUGGCUCGGGAGCGGACGGCGGCGCAGGAGGCGGCCAGCGCGGCGCAGCAGCGGCUGCAGAUGGAGCUGAGGGAGAUGCAGGAUGAGUUGGCUGCCCGGGAAGCGGCGGCGGAGCAAGCGCGGGCUGAGGCAGCGGAGGCGGCCAGGGCGGCGGAGGCGCAGUGGGGGUCGCAGUUGCGGGCUGCGAGGGAGGAGACGGAGACGCGCCAAGCCUCUGUCCAGCGUGAGCUCGACACGCUUCGGCUGCAGGUCGCGCUGGCUGAGAUCCGCCUUAAGGAGCAGGAGGCGGCAGCUCGCGAGGAGGUGGCGGCGCUGUCGUCGGCGGUAGAGGCGGCGGAGGGGCAGGCGGCGGAGGCGCGGCAGGCGGCGGCGGAGGCGGCGGAGCAGCUGGCGGCGCUGCGGCGGGAGGGACGG